AUGAAAUCCGGCGGGUUUUUCCUGGCCGCAAUCCCGAACUACAGCCCCGAAUCAGUGGUUUGGACCGAGGAGGAAGCGAGAAAAUUUGGCGCUGCCAACUUCUACGACCAAACCCAAGCUUGGCAAGACGGCAUCGAAGCCACGAUCAAAUUCUAUGACAAAGAACAUAUCGGAACCGCGACGUGUGCUCUUUGGCUAAAAUCAACGUAUCAGCAACUUUUUGAAGAAGCCGGAUUCAUUGAUAUCAAGUUCAACCCUGCAACAAUCGCAGAAGAAGGUCUAAAGGAACUUGGAAGAGAAUAUUUCCACGAUUUCCUGAAUCCACCCAAGGAUUUCUUUGUUACAGCCCGGAAACAA